AUGUCAGUUUCAAAUAUUCAAAUAGACGGACAAAUAUGCUUUGGAUGUCAAGAAUAUAAGGGAAUUGAGGGAAGUUCAAAUAAUAUACAACCCCAGGCCCAGUGUAAACCAACAGAAGACUGUCAAAAGACUUCUUGUAAAUAUGCUCAGACUGCGUUUAAAAUAGGGCCUGAUUAUAAAAAUUGUGUUAGUGGGUUGCAACGAUCUGGGAAAAAAUAAGAUUUUGAUUAUCAGGUGGAAAACACUUUCUCUCAUUCUAUUCAUUAUCAGGCUUAUUGUAUCCUCUUUCU